UUGCCAAGUUAUGAGAUCUCGGACACUCCAGUGUCACUGUGUCCCGUGCUCGGGAGGCCGAGCAUUUCCGGGUCGCUGGUCGACCUUGGCUGGGGUGGUGCAGCCAGUUCACCGCGCGCGUGUCGGUGCAGACCCGCCCCGAGAGCACCCGGCGGAAGGCAGGGAGGCCCGGGAAUCCCAGAGGGGUGGGAGCGGAGCUGAGGCGUCCGCCGGGAGCUUGGUUCCCUACCGCGGGAAUCUGCGCGACUGCUUUUGCUCUUCAAGCCCAGGGCCGAGAUGCUGGGAAACGUCGCUCUUCGCUUCUACACUGGGAGGCCUUGCUGUUCCGAUUCGUGUCGCCCUGAGAUGCUGGGCCUUGUAGGCCACUUCUCAAAUCAGCGACUUUGAUUUGCAGCCUUCACUCACAGACUCAGGGUCUCACUAAAUUGCUGAGGCUGAUCUGGAACUUGUGAUUCUCCUGCCUCAGCCUCACUAGUCUCUGGCAUUACAGGAUGGCCCACAAAAUGGAAUCAAUGGCAAAGAAGAUGUUUAAAGGAAUUUUAGUAGCUGAAUUGAUGGGCGUUUUUGGAGCUUAUUUUUUGUUUAAUAAGAUGAAUACAAGUCAAGAUUUCAGGCAAACAAUGAGCAAGAAAUUUCCCUUCAUCUUGGAAGUUUACUAUAAAGCCAUCGAACAGUCUGGAAUAUAUGAAAUCAGAAGGCAAGACCAAGAGAAAUGGAUGAAUAGCAAAAAUUAAGAAUCUGGCCACUGAUCAGAAUUUGCCCUUAAGCGAAAUAUUAUCAACCCAGAUUAAAAUUCCAAGGUUGACAUGGAUGGGUUUUUGGAAUAUUUAAGGCAAAUACAAUUUAAAAAAAAUUUUUUUUGUAGUUGUAAAUGGACAGCAUGCCUUUAUUUUUAUUUAUUUUUAUGUGGUAAUGAGGAUUUUAAAAAAUUUUUAAAAAUUAUAAUUUAAAAAUUCAGCUGCCUGAAGUAACAUUAAUUCAAUUUUUUAAUAAACUUACAGAGUUGUUCAACCAUGACCAUAAACCAAUUUAGAACAUUUCCAUCAACUCCAAAAGAUCCUUGGUGCCCAUUUGCAGCCAUGCUACCCCUAUUUCCCUGGAUUUACAUUGUUUUUGAUUUGCCUUUUCUAACUAUUUCAUAUAAAUGGAGUAAUUUAUAUGGUUGCCUAUAUCUUCCUAGCUGGUAUAAUAUUUUUGAGGCUCAUCCAUGUUAUGUAUCAGUACUUCAUUCCAUUGGCUGAAUACAUCCUAGUGUAUGGAUAUAUCACAUUCUUUUUUAUCCAUUUAUCAGUUAAUGGACAUUUGUUUUAUGUUGAUUUAGCGUUAAUGAAUAAGGCUGGUACGAUCAAUCCUGUAUAAGUCUUUGUGUUGACACAUCAGAGCCACUUUAAAAAAAAAAUUUUUUUUUAGUUAUAGAUGGACACGAUAUCUUUAUUUAUUUAUUUUUUUAUGUGGUGCUGAGGAUCAAACCCAGGGCCUCACCCAUGUAAGGCAAGCGCUCCACCACUGACUGAGCAUUUCUUCUUCAUUUUUAUUAAGGUGAAAAGUAUAUUACAUAAGAAUUGAGUAAAUACUAGCAUAGCAGUAUCUGUGUGAACUCUAUGAAUAAGUAUGUCUGUACCAUUUUCUUAAAAGUUCCCUUAGGUUGUUUGGUCUUUUUUCUUUUUCCCUCUUUUUUUAAUGGUACUAAGGCUUGAACCCAGGGCCUUGCACAUGCCAGGGAAGCGCUCUAUACCCCAGCCCUGAGGGACGAGCCUCAGGAAAACUGCAUUUGAGCAUAUGCUCUUAAUAAAAUGUGAUUUACUAUCACUCAAGGGGAGUAAAAAUCUGGAAAAUAACUUAUUAUAAUGUAAAUUUUUAUCAGUUAAAUCAUUUAAGUAUUAGGGGAUAAUACCAGCAGUAUUUUUAAGAGCUGAUAAAAAAAUUUUGUAGGCUUAAAUAUGAGACUACUACCAAAAUGCAAAUAGUUUCUUUAAAAAUAUUUAAAUUGUUUUUAUUUAACUUUGCAAAUCUAUUUUUUAUUUUUAUCAGUAUCUUCCAGUAAGUACAAGCUAGAAAGACAUUAGAAACAAAGCAUUUAGUGCUUUCCAUAUUUUUAUCAAAAACUUGGAAGUGUCACUUGACAUAGCACUUUUUCUUUUAUUUGUACUUUGCAAAUGUUAAUACUAUAAAGCAUAAUCUUAUGCAAUAUAAAGAAUAUUAGAGAAUUAAUCAUAAAGGAGAAUGUAAUUAAUGAAGGAGCAUGAAUUCUUUUUUCUUUUUUAAAAAUAUUUAUUAUUUUGUUUUAGUUGUAGGUGGACACCAUAAUAUCUUUAUUUCAUUUUUAUGUGGUGCUGAGGUUUGAACCCAGUGCCUCACAUGUGCUAGGUGAGCAUUCUACCACUGAACCACAACCACAGCCCCAAGGAGCAUGAAUUCUGACAAGGGUCAAAUGGCAAAGAAAACAUUUUGCUGAGGAAAGGAAAAAGCAACACUCUGAGAAUCCAGGGCUUAUAUAUGAUGAAGUGCUUUAAACAUGAAUGAAAAGAUGAUCUAGAUAGAGAUAUUUAAAUGUGAGAAGAAGAAACUUAGGAAGAUGAAAAUGAUUUAAGGUGAAUGUCAACAAUUUUCACAUUAAAAGAAAAAACCCUAUUACCAAUUAUAGAAACAUCUUUAAGGAAAAAAAAAUCCUAAAUCUUAUUAACCAAUAGAAAAGUUUAUCUCCAAAAAUGAUAAUGAAUAAUACUUUUCACAUGGAUAAUGUUUCAGUUUAAAAGAUUAAAUGCAUUUUCUUACCUUGAAAUGACCCAGCAAAGUCAAAAUCGUCAUCAUCCUUUCUCUUGCUUCUCUUAGUAUUGACUUUUGAGCUGUCUUCAUCAGACUCUGUUACCCAAAUAAAUUUGUUAUUAAGCCAUUUCAAAACAAAAGAACUUCAAGUUAUGUUAAAAUCUUAGUCUGAUGGCAAGGAUUGAACCCAGGGCCUCGCAUGUGUUAGGGGAGUGCUCUACCGCUGAGCCAUAACCUCAGCCCGUUAAUUAUUAUUCUAACAUUAAAAAGAUACAAUAUACACACUCAACUAGUAUUGUAUAGAGAGGCUAAUUAUUGAUUAAAAGUCCCAAACUUGGGGCUUGGGAUGUGGCUCAAGUGGAAGCGCGCUUGCCUAGCAUGCGUGAGGCACUGGGUUCGAUCCUCAGCACCACAUUAAAAAAUAAAUAAAUAAAUAAAGAUAUUGUGUCCACCUAAAACUAAAAAAUAAAAAAAAAUUAAAAAAAAAAAAGUUCCAAACUCAAAACUCAACAAAAAAAUACUGCCUUUAAACCUUUGGUUUGAAAUAAGAAAAAGGUCCUCUUUAAAAAUUCUAGUUUAUUGCAUUAAUUUGAAUACAGAUUACAUUAGAAAUCUUUAUUAGAAAAAGUAGCCAAGACUGAGAAAGGAUUUUUUUUGUAUUUGUAUUUUAUUAAAAA